ACGCUGACAAUGAGCCUCCAUAAAAGGGAGCGGCGGGGUCGGGGGCCCCGGAUCGAGCCCUCCCCGCCCGGGGUCGUGACGAGCUGAAGGCCGUGGCUGGCCGGGAGGCCGGGUGGGCAGCGGGAGGGUGAACUAGACGGUCCGCGGGCCCUGCGUGGUCCGGGGCGGGAGGCCGCCGCCAGAGGCGGCGCGCCGAGGCCUGCGCGCCCGUCCUCCGCUAUCGGGUCGCCCUUCUCCGCCUCACCAUGGCCCUCAGAGCAGAAGGAGCCGCGGCGCUCGACUGCUUCGAGGUGACGCUCAAGUGUGAGGAAGGAGAGGACGACGAGGAGGCCGUGGUGGUUGCCGUGAUCCCGCGGCCCGAGCCGAUGCUCCGAGUAACCCAACAGGAAAAGACGCCGCCACCUAGGCCUAACCUGCUGGAAGCAGGUGUCGAAGGCUGUGAGGAGCCCAAGCAGCAAGUGUCAUGGGAACAGGAGUUCCUGGUGGGGAACAGCCCAGGAGGCAGUGGACGGGCACUGUGCAUGGUGUGUGGGGCUGAGAUCCGGUCCCCAUCAGCAGAUACUGCUCGCACACACAUCCUGGAGCAGCAUCCGCAUACCCUGGACCUGAGUCCCUCUGAAAAGAACAACAUCUUGGAAGCCUGGAGCGAAGGGGUGGCCCUUCUGCAAGACAUCCAAGUUGACCAGCCAUCCCUGCCCAGCCUAGAGUCAGGCCAGGAUGGCCAUCCAGACCCCAACUCCAACCCGGACCCUGCCAGGAUGCCAGCAGAGAUCGUGGUCCUCUUGGACUCCGAGGACAACCCAUCCCUCCCUAAGAGACUCCGGCCCAGAGGACUCCGCCCUCUUGAACUACCUGUUGCCCCUGUCACAGAGCCAGGAAAUAAAAGGGCCCGUGGUCAGAGAUGGAAGGAGUCCUCUGAGGAGGAGCCUCCUAGGAAGAAAAGAAGCAGGCAUAUAACCAAAAACCUGGACCCUGACCCAGACCCCCCAUCUCCUGAGUCUCCCACAGAGACGUUCUCAGCACCAGCCGAAGUCCGACACUUCACUGAUGGCAGCUUCCCUCCUGGCUUUGUACUCCAGCUCUUCUCCCACACGCAGCUCAGGACCACAGACAGUAAGGACCCUUCUAAAGUCAGCAAAGGAGCAGCAGAGGGCCUGCCUCAGCCAGAAAGUCCCUCUUCAGCUCCCCCUCCGGGGCUUCGUGGGACACUGGAUCUCCAGGUUAUUCGUGUUAGGAUGGAGGAGCCACCAGCCGUCCGCCUCUUACAGGACUGGUCCAAGCAUCCCCAGGGUACCAAGGGGGUGGGAACAGGUGACAAUCCAGACUGGCCCACCGUUCUGUCAGAGUCCAGUGCCACUGUUAAGGGACAACCAGAGGCGGGAAAUGGGGUAUGAGUUUUUACUUUCCUGGGGAGGGAGGAGUGGGAGGAAGGAAAGGUGGGAGAGAGGAGGCAGUAUCCCCCUUUGGCUUAAAUCUCAGAUCUGCCCAGCUCAGCCACCUGAUUGAGUUUUAAAACCAGGUGCCAGGAAAAUGUGGAAGGAGAAGUGACAUCACUGUCACAGUGGGACAGUACAAAAUGCCUGCCCCUGGACAGUCCUGAAUGAGGCAGAGGUGGCUUAGGCUAUUGGGUGAUACGGCAUUGGGCCUGUGGAGAACACCUUCCCCAAUCCUUCGCUGACUCACCCUCUGACCCCACACCUCCUUCCUGUCAGCUCCCACCAUUCUCCCCUGGCACAGUGCCUUAUGCAGAGGUGGUCAUGAUGGGGUUUGAACUGAGUCCCACUACCUCGGGGGACACCUCUCCUCCCCCACUUCUGGCUCCUUCAGGAGGAGACCUCCAUUACCUCUUAACCGCCUCAUCCCUGCCGAGGGCUCCCUUUACCACCCCUUCUCCUAUUGUUCUGUUGCAUCUUUUAUCCAGUUGUAUAUAUUGCCUUUGUUGACAAUAAAUUAUUUUUUUUUUAA